UUUCCCGAUGCAACCUGGUAACAAAAGAUUGCUGCCACCAGAUGACCGGCUGCCGGCGCAAGUCCCCGGCAAUGUCUGCACUUGCCAGCAGAUCCAUGCUCCUCCCUCUGCUCCUCCUCAUUCACUCCUUUCCUGCUUCCGUCUCUGCUCAGCGUCGGGGAUCUGGUUCUGCUCCCUCCUGGCAGACUCUCUCCGGAAAUAGCCCCAUAGUUGUAGCUCGGGGUGGAUUCUCUGGUCUAGUUCCGGAUUCAUCCAAUGCG